GUCUUCGUCUUCGUCUUCGUCUUCUCCUCUGGUAGCUCCGAGGAGGGCGGCGAGAGGUCUGAGAAUGGCGGCGUCGGCGGCGCCGCCGAUGCCGCCGAUAAACCCUAGGGACCCCUUCCUCUCGAAGCUCGCCUCCGCCGCCGCCGCGGCGUACCCCGCGGGGCUCGAGCUCCCGGCGUCGCGGGACCCCGACGUCCCCCCCUAUCUCGACCUCUUCGAUAGCCCCAAGCUCAUGGCCACUCCCGGACAGGUGGAACAUUCUGUUUCUUAUAAUGAACACAGACCAAGGAAGCCUCCCCCGGAUCUGCCAUCUCUGCUUCUUCAUGGGCGCAUUAUCUAUAUUGGCAUGCCUUUGGUGCCAGCGGUCACGGAGCUCGUCAUUGCAGAAUUGCUUUACCUGCAGUGGAUGGAUCCAAAACAGCCCAUUUAUUUAUAUAUCAAUUCAACAGGAACAACUCGUGAUGAUGGUGAAACUGUCGGGAUGGAGUCAGAAGGCUUUGCUAUUUAUGAUGCUAUGAUGCAGCUGAAAAAUGAGAUCCAAACUGUAGCUGUAGGAGCUGCGAUAGGUCAGGCUUGUCUUCUUCUUGCUGCAGGAAAGAAAGGUAGACGAUUUAUGAUGCCCCAUUCCAAAGCAAUGAUUCAGCAACCCCGUGUUCCAUCAUCAGGGCAGAUGCCAGCUAGCGACGUGCUUAUACGUGCAAAGGAGGUAAUAAAUAAUAGAGAUACACUUGUCAAGCUUCUGGCAAAGCACACUGGAAAUUCGGUGGAGGCUGUAUCAAAUAUAAUGCGAAGACCAUUUUAUAUGGACUCUAUAAAGGCCAAAGAAUUUGGGGUUAUCGACAAGAUCCUUUGGCGUGGUCAGGAGAAGAUUAUGGCUGAUGCUCUUUCUCCUGAGGAAUGGGACAAACAGGCUGGGAUCAAAGUUGUCGACGGGAUAUAAUGUCCUAUUAUUUUAUUCUGAAAUUUCUAUAUACCAAGACGAUAUCAAGGACUUAGAACUGUAAAACAUGAAGGCACUCUCUACUAAGAAGUGGACGGCAGGGUGUUGAUUUGCUGACGCAGAAAAUGAAAAUAGAACAAGAAGAAAUCGCCAUUUGAUGAACAUAAUAGAACUUAAUGCCACUUCUCACUGUAUUUAACUGAAAUUAUGGUCUCAGAUCAUAUCUAUCUGUUUUGUGCAAUCCAAUGCUCUGUAGAAUAGAUUAAGAUUUUAAAGACCUUCAAGAUGCCCAUAUAAGACUUGUAACUAGUGAGAUUUCGCUGCUUUAUCUUUCACAGGGAGAGCAGAAACUUCUUUGGUUAUAAAUACCAAGUUGAUCGAACACUGCGUUAUUAUCUCUUGUUAUGUAAAUUUGGUUGGUAACAUUUUGUUCA